CAGACCAGCAACAGCUAGCUUCUCAAAAGAGCGCAGAUAAGUUAUUGGGGCUGUGAGCGCGCUCAAAAGCGCUCGGCAGGAGUGGGGGAAGUGGCGCGCGCUGAUUGGUCGAGAACGUUGGUCACGUGACCGCCGGUGAGUAACCCCGGUAGCAGUUGAACGCUGUCGUGUAAGUUGCCUGCUACAGCUAGCUUCAUUACGUUGCUGGACUUGGAACAGUGAACACGUGCCCUGGAGUAGUUUUGUGUGUGCUAUGCUACCCCAAGUUCGGACUGGACGAUUUUCUAGACUCUACUGUCAGUACGUUCGUAGCCGUCCGAAUAUUACUCAAAGUGCCCGUGAUUGUUAGUUCUUCGUUUCUAUCUUAACAAACACUCAGAACUACUAGUUACAGUUGAGUUGUUUUUAGUCAGUUUUGGAGAUGGCGAUACCUUUCAAUUUACCUUCGGAGGAGGACACCGAAGAGUACUACCGUCGCCUGGAUCAACUGCUUGCUGAUCUGUACGAUGUGCUGCGGCAUAUACUCUUCCGGCCUCGCACCCAGCAGCCUGCUCACAAUCACCAACAGCAGCCGCCUGUCAUAGAUGCUGACGGUGACAAUGAGUCCGAGGAUCAGGAGCCACCCGACCACGGGGGAGAGGACCCCUCCCCAGACGCCCUCGAGCAAAGACUGCAUCCGCUGCCUGAUCUCGUCGCCAACGUUGGCAGCUCCUCAGCCGCCCCUUCCUCCCGGCCCUUGGGUCGCGGACAUCCUAGACGACGCAGAAGAGACAGCACCAGUGACUCGGUAACGAUCAACAACUCGCGGACGACGAGUAACUCAAGGACAACGGAUGACGAGGAAGUCGUCGACCCUCCAAGACCGCUGAGGAAACUGAGGGAGUCGAAAAAGAGGUGCUCUUCGCUGAGGAGGAAGCCAUGUUGUCCCGCCUCACUCAAGUUUUCACACUCGCUCAAGACUUCUGCCGAGAACUGGGUGAUGGUCGGCGAGGAGCUCAGGAAAAUCGCGGAGGACUUCCGGACCAAAUCGACGUCCACCACGUCAACCACAUCUAGGCCUACCACUGAUUCUCUCAUAACAAAGAAAGUUACACAAAUAAAUGUAAGAAUGUUACGCAGAAGAAACAAAUGUAACCUAAAAGUGAUCAGGAAGAUAUUGAAAUGUACUAUUCCGAUGUUAAGAGUUGAACUGUUGAAAAGAAAGCGUAUUUGUUUUGAAGAGCAGUGCAUCUCCAGUGCAGUGCAGUGGGGUUGUGAAGCACCAGAUCUACCCAGAACGAAACGUGUAGAACUGAAAGCAUCGAGCCUCUUAUCUCUUCUAGUUCCAGCGCCGUUUUGUGGAUCAGUUUGGACAACAGUGAUCAUCAUAGUUGGCUGGAAAUUGCUGAUGAGGCACAAUCGGUGAGAGAUGCCAGCCUCAACCAGAUCCACUCAUCGACUGGAGUUUCGAUGAAAUUUGUGUCCCUUCGUGAUCAAAUGUGUCUGCAAAAGUGACGGAAUCUCUUAAACUGAAAAAUAUGGAUCUCCAAUACCAUUUUCAAAUCAUUUAUUUGAAAAUUGAGUGACAUUUUGGUUUCCGCAAUAAUAUAUUACAAAUAAUCAGCUUAUUUGAAAUGUAUGAUCAUAGUUAUUCAUUUAAAAAUUCAAAGUUGACCCUAAUUUCAUUUCAACAGAAUGGAUAUUCUGCUAUGCAAACAUGCUGUUAUCAAUAUUUGUAAAACUUCGAUUACUUAGUUUACUUCAUUCAAUGAAUUAUUCAUAACGGUACACAACAUAUAUUGGUCGACAUUAUUACAAGGUUCCAUUUAUUUUCUUGAUCCACAAUGUAGAUCCGCUUAUCAUUUAGUUCAUUUUUAACUGAGUUCCUGUCUAUUAUAUUAUUUAGUUAUCACUGUAUGUAAGUUUCGUUUUAAGUUUCAAACCGUAGAAUAUUUAGUGUGUCAAUAAUUAUGUUCAUUCAGAUUAUAUUUUGUUCAUCUUCCUCCAGGUUUAUUGAUUUCAAUUAUUAUAGACUAUAAUUUUUUAUAAUCGUAAAAGACAUAGGGACACAAAUAAUAUUUAGUUGCUCUUGUUAUGAGACAAGAAAUAUAGACUGUGCUUUUAGUCAUAUUUGUUAAUUUAGUAGAUUUAUUCCGUGUACACUUUUGCUCCUAAUUUUAAGUUGGAACUCGUAUGGUUUAGAAUGCGUAUUCUGUUGUAAAACGACGAUUUUUGAAAUCACUAGUGAAUAUUUUGUUACUGACUUAGGAUAUUUAUCGCGAUGAUAAAUGUAUAAUUGUUCCAAAGAUGGCUGAACCAUAAAAUCAAAUAAUGAUCUCAUUGGAAGCAUUGUUGUACCAUUUAAAUAGUAAUUCAUAGGGUGUGCCAUUUGUAUCAUAUGAUUUGUCCAUGAUGUUCUCUUUCUGAGAAGUAACAUCAGUUCACGGUUAUUUCAGCAACCCUUGUAUAAUUUUAAAAUUUGGCCUUGUAAAUUCCCUGCUUGGUGUUAAUAAUCUUCUUUUGUUGACUUCAUUUUUAAUUUAACCACUUGCAGUUACUGUUUGUGAAUUUUGCUUGUAUAGUUUUCUUUUUUCUAUCAAAGAGUUUCCCGGUUUUCGGCUAUGGUGAAACUCUUCAAGGUUUUCAAAUGAUCUCCACCUGUAGAGUAGAAAAUAACCUCGAGUAACACAACUCUGUUACUCGAGUUUUGUACUCUAUUAAUUGUACAUAACAAGUAGUUUAUAUUAUCAAGUACAGUGUAUGAGAAUACCUGUGACUGUAGUUUUGUUUUGAUAGUAAAUUUUCCUGGUUUUCUCUAAGUACUCAGUUACUAUUACAGCAUUGAAACUGUUUAUAAUGAACAAGAAUUGUAUAAUUGCAAGAAUUCCGUUCCUGAAAUCAGAACCUAUUCUAUAUCAUAUU